AUGUUCCUUUUGGCCAAGGGGCGGAGCUAAUAGUCUACGAAACAAGUUCGAGUUCGAUUGAAUUCAGUAUAUUUUAUUUUAUUAAUGUUGAUAAAUAUAUGUAAAUAUUUAAAUUUAGAAUUCAAUUAUUAUUAUCAGUCGAAAAAAUUGUUAUUGUAAAAUUCAAAACUCAUAAAAAUUAAAAUUCUGAUUUCGCAAAUACGAAAGAGAGAGAGAGAGAGAGUGAUGGUUGGUCUUCUUGUCUUUGACUCUAUCUAGUCUCUUUCGUUGCAUUUUUCUUCACUCACAAGGUAAUCAUCAUAUGUGUAUGAGAAAUGGAACACAUUUUGCUUCCACUUCACAUAAUCUUUUUCUUAUUUUUUUUUUCCUUCUCUUUCUUAUUAUUCCAUUCUAUAUAUCUUUUCACCAUCAAAACCUAGCAAAACAUAUCAUAUUAUUUUUUUUCUUCUCCUCAUCAUCCAUCAUCUUGUUAGGGUUUGUCUAUCGAUGAGGAAGCCGGAACACAAUAAUACAACGAUGAAGGAGAAGGAGAAGGAGAAAGUGAACAAGUUAGGGAAAUUAAGAAAAGGUUUAUGGUCACCAGAAGAAGAUGAAAAGUUGAUGAGUUACAUGUUAAGAAAUGGUCAAGGAUGUUGGAGUGACAUUGCUAGAAAUGCUGGAUUACAAAGAUGUGGUAAGAGUUGUCGUCUUAGAUGGAUUAAUUACUUGAGGCCUGACCUUAAACGCGGCGCCUUUUCUCUUCAAGAAGAAGAACUCAUUGUUCAUUUGCAUUCUAUUCUGGGAAAUAGGUGGUCACAAAUUGCGGCUCGUCUACCUGGGAGGACAGAUAAUGAAAUCAAGAAUUUCUGGAAUUCCACGAUAAAAAAGAGAUCAAAAAACAACAACAACAGCACGCCAUCGCCCAACACGAGUGAUUCUUCCAUUGGAGGAAUAUUUCCAAUGCAAGGGCACGAUGUAAAUAAUGUUAUGGCAACGUUAUGCAUGGAUAAUUCAUCGUCUACUACUUCAGGAUCAUCCAUGCAAGCCAUGGUACCUUUCAACCCUUUCCCUCAGCUUGAUAGUACAAGCUACGAUAUAUCUGGAUUAGUCGGGCCAGUGAAUUUAGGUCAAUUUGGUUGUAGUGGAGGUGAUGGUGGAUUUUUGGACUAUGGAGUUGUGGAAACUUAUAGUAUGAUGGGUUUAGGAAGUGAUGAAUUUUCAAUACCUUCUUUAGAGGGUGUUCAUAAUAAGAGUACUACUACUAUGGGAGAGAGUAAUAAUAAUAGUAAUGUUGAUUUUAGUAGUAAUAAUAUUGUUAGUGGUGCUAAUGACUAUGAUUCCAUGAUUGAGAAGAAAAAUAAUACAAACGUUAACAACAACAACAACCAACACUUGAUGAAUAUGAGUGGAAUUAGUGAUCAAAGCCUAAAGGUUGAAGACUAUAUGGUUGGUUUUGGGAAUCAUCAUCAUUGGCAUGGAGAAAGCUUAAGAAUUGGAGAAUUUGAUUGGGAAGGUUUGUUGGCAAAUGUUUCCUCUUUACCUUACCUUGAUUUUCAAGUUGAAUAAAUACUCUCUCCAACCCUUUCAACCCCACAUAUACCCCCACAAAAAUGACACAAAUACCCCUCUUCCCAACAUUUCUUUCUUUUUUUUCUUUUUCUUUGAUAAUCGUACGUUUAAAUUCAGACGAUCAAUAAUGAAGCAAGAUUCGAAAUUCAGUAAAUAAUAGGUCUGUCGAGACUUUUUAUCUUCUCUUCCUUCAAUUCAUUAUACAUAAAUUGUUCCCCCUCCUAAAUUCUCCACAACUUCAUCUUAGAGAAAAUUUUGAGAUAUACUUCUUUUCUUUAUUUGCAAUUAUCUAAUACUUCCACUAGAUUUUCUUUUUAUUUCUUUAUUUUUGGUAUUUCAAUUGUACGUUGUGGAGUAUUAUGGGGAUAGUAGGGGAGAAAUAAUAAUCUUUCUCAUCAAGAAUUGAGCAAAGUGUGAAUAGAAAAAUGAAAGACAGAUCGAUGAUAUAGAAGAUUACGCAAAGAAAGUAAAUAAAAAGGUCAAAAAUUGUUGAUUUGUAUUUUUGUACAGAUCGAUGUGGAUCAAUUUAAUCAAUCAAUAAUCUUUUGAAUUUUAAGAGAAUUUUUUUAGUUAGUCACAUGUUUCUCAGAAAUAUAUAUAGAUAGAGAAAAUUGUUGCACGUACUUUGUAUUUACAAAGGAAUAAGAAGCAUUAUUAGUUUUUUUUCUUAUGUAACAUUUAAUUUUGAAUUCAUGUUAUGUGCACUGAUAGAAUAAUUAUAUUUUGUAUUACAUAUACGGUCAACAUAUCUAACCUAGAUAUGAUAAACUAAACAAUAAAUUAAUAAGCCUAUUAUAAUGGACUAAACCAUAAAAAUUGUGAAUAGUUUUUUUUUUUUUACGUUAUCAUUAUAUGUGAUUUAACUUUUUCAACACUGAAUUUGAUGAUGAGAAAUUAAAUUAAAUUGGAUCAAUUUGUAUGUGGAACGACUUUAUUUUCUUUAACAAAGUUGAUUAAACAUUUUGUUCGUCACUUAAUCUUGAUCUUAAUAUAAAAAUGUAGUGUUAAGGAGAACUUACGUCAUAGUUGCUUUAACUUUCAUCUGAUUCAAAUUACUAAACCUGAGUUAUUUUCAUGGCAAUUCUUCUAUACUGACUUGCAUUAUGAUAGUAUCAUUAGCUGUGAAUAUAUGCAUGAGGUAAUUAGAUCACACUACCAAAUAAAUCAUUAUUUUCGUCAAAAAAUGUUUAAUGAUUAUUUCUAUAGAUAUUUU